AUGGUGGACGGUGAUAUGGAAGAAAAUUUUGACUUCUUCGAGAGAAGUUGGGAGGAGUACGUCAAGGCCACAAGCAUGAACACGUGGCCAGCCACAGCGGACAAACAAAAAGUCAGCUACCUGCUCUCCGUAAUCGGAGAACCGGCCAGGAAGAAAUUUUUCAAUUUCGAACUAACCGAGGCCGAGCGUGCCACGCCGGCACUGGCCUUGAAGGCGAUUCGUGAGAAGGUGGUUCCCAAGAGGAACGUGAUCGUGGACCGCCUAGAGUUUUUCUCUGCCACGCAAUCUAGCCGCGAAUCGGUCGACGAAUACUCAACCCGGCUGAAGACCCUGGCGAGAGUCGCCAAACUCGGAACGUUGAAUGAGGAGCUCAUAACCUACAAGCUGAUAACCUCAAACAAGUGGCCUCAGCUGAGAUCGAAGAUGUUGGCCAUGACGGAUCUCACCCUGGAGAAGGUCGUGGACAUGUGCAGGGCCGAGGAGAUAACGGCCAAACGCAGCCAAGACCUGGCUGUACCGGAGGCGGAGGUCAACAAGGUGGCCAAGUCGAAGUUUCGCCGGAAGUCGCAGCAGCUGCCUCUCUGCAAAUUUUGCGGAGACGAACACGACUUCACAAAAGGAAGCUGCCCUGCACUCGGGAAGAGAUGCCGUCGGUGCAACGGUAAAAACCACUUCGAGAAAGCGUGCCGAGUGAAGCGCGGGUCCAGCAAGAAGAGUUCGCGGAAAGUGAAAGAAGUGAAGGACGAAAGUGAAUCGGAGGAAGAGUCCGACGUCGAUGCGUCGUCGGAAGACAGUAGUGAGGAAUUUGAAAUCGGGAAGAUCAUCGACAACUCCGACAAGGGCGGAAGUGUGUCAGCAGAGUUAGAGUUGAAAAUCAGUGACAAGUGGAGAAAAGUGAUUAGUGAGUUGGACACAGGUGCCAACACAAGCCUGAUUGGCCAAGAUUGUCUCGUGAAGCUGUACGGAGGAAAGUGUCCCAGUCUUUUUCCGUCGAAGAUGCGACUCCAGAGCUUCGGCGGAAAUCCGAUCAAGGUGUUGGGCGAGGUUAAGAUUCCGUGCCGUCGGUCCGGAAGGAAGUAUCGAUUGGUGCUUCAAGUGGUGGAAGGCGCUCACCGACCUCUUCUGUCGGCAAAAGUGUCCCGUGUGCUCGGAUUUGUCAAGUUCUGCAAAUCGGUUUGCUUCGGUGGACCCGAUUCAACCUCGCCAGACAAGCUGCUCAAGGUAUACAGAUGA